AUGCUAGAAAACUAUGGAUAUCAGCGAAGUUUCGGCAAACCACAGAGCAGAAGGAAAGUGUUCAAAGAUGAAGACGAUGAUGUGGUGGAAGUGCAAACUAGCAGCGCAGGAAAGAAACAAGAUAAGGUAAAACCUGAGCCGUUGAACCUCAAGAGAAAGCAUGACUAUCAUAAAGAUUCCAAGCUGAAGGCGUGGAGAAUGAUCAUCAGAAAUCUACCAUUUAAGACCACAAAAGAAGACCUCCAGAACGUUUGUUCCAAAUUUGGUCCUUUCACCGACAUUGUCCUUCCUCCCUCAAAGAAAAUGCCAAAGCGCAUUGCUGGUUUCGCUUUCGUUCAGUUCAAAACGAGAGAAGCUGCUGAAAAGGCUCGGGAACACUUCAACUCCAAUAAGUUUAAGGGUCGUUUGGUAGCUGCAGACUGGGCACUUCCAAAGGAUACCUAUGAGACGGCUGCUCAAGAAGGCAGGGAACAGCUCAAAAAGAAGGUCAAAUUGGAAGUAGAAGACAGUGAAGAUGUGAAAGAAGAACCGGAAACGUCAAGGAAGCAAAAGCCGUUAGCAACUCAUCUGAAUAGCAAAGGGAAUGAAGACGAUGAUGAUGAAGAUCUGAGUGAUGAAGAAAUAGACGAAGAUAGCAGCGGUGACGAAAGUGCAUCUGGACAGGAAAGUGAUGAUGGCACGAGCCAAAAAGAUGGUGAAGAAGGGGAGGAAGAAAGCGAUGAAGACGUAAAACCAAAAAAGAAGGAUUCGGCGAUUGACGAAAACCGUGUUAUUUUUUUGAGGAAUCUCUCUUUUGAAACUACCGAGGAAACGCUGAAGACCGAGAUGGAGAAGUUUGGUAAGGUGGAACUUGCGCUGUGCUGCAAAUUUCGUGAUAGUGGUCAUCCUAAAGGAACAGCUUUUGUCCACUUCUGUUCUCCAGUAGAGGCGCAAGCAUUACUGGAGGCCACCGAGCGAGGACUCGAAAUAGACGGUAGAGAGAUCAAAGGAUCAUUGGCCAUUCAGCGAGAGAAUGCGGCUGAAAUUCAGAAACAAAAAAGUGUCAAAGUGCCGGAGGAUAAGAGAAAUCUUCGAUUGAUUCGUUUCGGCUUAAUCCGAGAAGGAACAUCUGCAGCUAAAGGAAUGAGUUCUGAAGAUGCGGCUAAGAGACAACGCUUAGCUGAAGUAUCUAGAAAGAAACUGGAAAACCUCCACAUGUUUGUGUCACCCACGCGACUAAUGAUACAUAAUCUUCCCAUGUCUAUGACUGAUGAGAAGCUGAAGCAGAUAUGUCGCAAUGCAACAGGCACUGCGGGUGUUAUAACGGAAUGCCGCAUAUGGAAAGAUACGUCCAAAUUGGAUGCGAAGGGGAACCCGCGCUCCAAGGGUUUUGCAUUUGUGAACUUUGCUGAACAUAAGGAUGCUUUGACAUGUUUGCAAAAACUCAACAACAAUCCUGCAACGUUUACAAAUGAACGCCGACCUAUAGUAGAGUUUUCAAUUGAAAAUCUGAUGGCUAUAAGAGCAAAGGCAAAGAGGGCAUCUAACAGUAAAGGGGAGAAAUUAACAGGAAAGGAGUUAAGCGAAAAGAUUAGGCAGCAGGUGAAACAAUCAAUAGGAGAAGUGCAUGCCUCAGGAAUGAAAGUAAUGCCCAAAUUCCUUGGUAAAAAAUUGCGACACAAGAACAUGAGCAAGACACAGUUGAAGAAAAAGAAUUUGAAUAAGAAAAAAUUCGAAAAGAGGAAACAAGAAACACUUGCUAGUGAUGUGAACAUCAAGAAAUCAAAAGGAAAGGACAAGAAACAAAUCACAAAAUAUCUCGCCUUGUCAUCAUGAGUUCUCCUUGCCUAGGAACCAUUAAUAACUCACUACUUCCAUCCAUGUUUUUUUUAUUAUCUCUUCGUAAACUAUCUACUCAAUAGAUAUGUCUAUAGUCUGUCAACUUGUUGUUCUUGUUGCUGUUGUUCUUGUUGCUCUGUGCUGUUGUAUGUUGUUGAUGGAAACCUACAUUGUUGUUUGUAUAAAGUAAAUAUAUUACGCUGCACUACGUCCUUGAUCUGGGUUAGUCACUAAAAUGAAGAAUUAAAA